CAACAGGAUGGCCGGCAUGGAUCAAAAAUACGACUCUGCGCUCCUCGGAAUCCUUCAAAAUGAGGGUCAAAUAUCGAAUUUUCUCGACACAAUCUUCGGUUUCUUGUACAGAAGAACUGAUUUCUAUGUCCUAAUGAAAGAGAAAGAGGGAAAGAUGGGCUUCCCACCCGGAGUAGCUGCAAACCUCGCCUUCUCCGCGUAUAAGAAGUAUGAGACAAUGGCUGCCAAAAAUGAAGAGGACAGGCAAGCGAGAGAGAAACGCAACGCCGAGGUGAAAUUUUCAGGUGCUGGUGAAACUCCCCCAGUUGCAAAAAUCGUGGAGCUCCCAGCAGAUGCAGACGCAGCUGUAGAAAGUGGCAGCCAAGACGCUGCCCCAGAACAAAAGGAUACUGUUAUGGAGGUUGUCCCUGCUGCGGAGGAUAGUGCCAAAGAACAAGCUGCUGAAGGAAGUGAUACGGUUAAAGCAAAGUCUGUGAAGAAUCCAGAGGAGGAGGAGGAGGAGGACAAUGAUCCAGAGUUUACAAAAAAACAGAAGGUCUAUCAAGCCAAUCCGGAAAGUUACAAUGGUGCAAUAAGAGACAAUUACUCGUGGUCGCAGAUGAUAACGGACUUGGACGUCCGACUGAGUGUGCCAAAGAAUAUAUUGAAAGGAAAGGAUGUGAGAGUGACGAUACAGAGAAAACAUUUAAAAGCGUCGUAUUGCGAUGGGACAGAAUGGAAGGACAUCAUUGAUGAGGACCUUAUGUGGGAUAUCAACAAGGAAGAGUCCAUGUGGACACUUGUACCUGGCGAGCACAUUCAUGUGAACCUUGAAAAAAUCCAAGAGAGAUGGUGGGAGGCACUUGUCGUCUCGGAGGAAAAGAUAAACGUGCGGAAAAUUGAUGCGAGUCGCCCCAUGACUGACCUCGAUGACGAGGCACAGGCCAAGAUACAUGAGAUGAUGUACAAUGAACAGCAGAAGAGGCUGGGAAAACCGCAAAGUCACGAAGCGAAGGUGCAUGGAAUGUUGCAGAAGGCCUGGGACGCGGAGGGUUCCCCCUUCAAGGGGCAGAAGUUUGAUCCGUCGAAAUUCAACGUGGCUCCUAGUGGUGGAACGUGAUGCCAUGAUUUGUGACCGACGCUGGCUAAGACUUGAUCUGUUUGCAAUAUACCAUAUGGGUGGGAAUAUCAGGUGUCAAAAGUAGGCCCAAUGGAGAAAAGUGAGAAAAAUAGGAAAGCAGAGGGUGCUCAUUAUGGUCAACUGCCGUCAGAAGUCCAAUUCAGGAGCGCUCUCCCUGCAAAAGCCCAUGGAAUGGCUGAACAAACCUACUGUGCAUUAAUAUUUACUCAAAACGUAUCGUUGGCACCCACGAGAAGUGUGGUAAGCUCUGAUUUUGAAGCAAAAACUGCCUGUGACCAAUAGAUUGAUAUCUUUGUUUACAAAAUGACGUCAUUUUGAUGUCAUUACCCUUGGCUGCGCGCGCAUACUCGUACAUGUAUAUUAAACAGAGGGGAUGACGUCACGUAACAAUAUCAACUUCCACAAUCGUUGUUGGUUUCGCUUGGAUACGAGGAGGUUUUUCUCCCCUGUCUCGUGACUUGCAUGACAUUUUAGAAUAAAACGUGAAUAGAGUUUUUCACAAUAACAGUCUAACAUCAUCGGUUAAGCAUUAUCAUGUAGUCGAGAGAAAUCUCAACAGGACGACGGUUUGUAGCAACUUUUCUUCAUGAAAACCAUGUUGAAGAGAUACGAGAGUGCGCGCGCAUGAUGUUUACAAAUUAGCCAUGACGUCAGCAGAUAUCCAUCUAUAGACCCAAGCUGUAGGAUAUCACAGUCGCUAUAUACUUCAAUUAUGGUAUGAUAUUGAGAUCGAUUUCUAUCUCCUGGCAAUGAAGACCAGUAAGACUGAGUUCCUAUAUUUGAAUUUCCUUUAUUAUUCUCCAAAUAUCUCGAUCACAUAUAUACAA